CUAUAGUUAUAUAGUCAAGGGUAUAUACACGUGAUUUCUCGAACCGGUGAUUGUUAAAAAUCCCAAAUUUUCACAAUAGCACGCGCGUUUCGAGGUGACAAAACUUUGUUUUCUUUGAGAUGGAAGUUAACAAGGGUGAUGUAGUGUUACCAGGGGAUAGGAUCAAGGAUAUAAUAUUGUCUAAGGAAAAGGAGGUUGUGAUUCUGGGUCCUGGGUUACGUCGCGACGACGACACAGUAUUUGUUUGUAAAGCAGGUAUCUUGAAGAAACGUGAACCUGCAGUGUAUUAUGUUGACAGCUAUCAGAAACGAUAUAUUCCUAGUCGAGGUGAAAAUGUAGUGGGUAUAGUAACCCAAAAGGCUGGCGAUAUAUACAAGGUGGAUAUCGGUGCUAGUGAACAGGCAUCAUUGUCAUAUUUGGCUUUCGAAGGCGUGACCAAAAAGAAUCGUCGUGAUAUACAAAUAGGUGACGUAGUGUUUGCCAAGCUGUUGAUUGCCAGCAAGAAUAUGGAACCUGAAUUGGUGUGUGUGGACUCACAGGGCAAAGAGAAUGACUUGGGUGUACUUAGCACAGAUGGUAUGAUAUUUACCUGUUCCCUGAGUCUUAUAAGGAAAUUAUUGAAUCCAGAGUGUCCAUUGUUCAAAUUGCUUGGUAGCAAUCAAGCAUAUGAGAUGGCUGUAGGAAUGAAUGGUAAAAUUUGGAUCAAAGCAAGAUCAGUACAGGAAACGAUUGCUGUGGCGAAUGCCAUUCUGGCGGCCGAAUAUAUGAUGCCAACAGAAAUGAACAAACUUUGCGUGAAGAUCGAGAAAACUUUGCUUCUUGUGGCGUGACUUGCGUUAAUAUAGUAAGUGGCUAAUUGAAAGAGAUGAUUAAUCUUGAAGUGCAAAAGCAGAUACCUGAAUUGAUGCAAAAUUCUGAUCCUAUUUGUCAUAUAAACCUGUGAAAAUAGAAGUAUUAGUUAGUAAUAGUUAAAUAAAAUUACAAAAAUCGAUA